AGUCAAGACGGUAUUAAGAAACUUUUAGAAGCUGAAAGAACUGCUCAAAAAAUCGUUAACGAUGCUAGACAAGAUCGUGUUCAAAAAUUAAAGAAAGCUGUUGAAGAAGCUGAAAAAGAAAUUAAAGAAUUCAGAGAAAAGAAAGAUAAAGAAUACAAAGAAUACGAAUCAAAAUAUUUUGGUGCUUCAACUGAAACCGCCACCCAAUUACUCCAAAGUGCCAACGAAGAAAUUGAAACCAUCAGAACUGAAACUGCUGCCAACAAAGAAAAAGUUGUUGAUCUCCUUAUUAAAUAUGCUUGUGAAGUUAACAACAAGAAUAUUAAAGUUUAA